CACUCAUAUCUUCAGAAGAAUUGGUAUUGAUGUUGAUUUUUUGCUGUUGUGAAUAAUUUACAUUUUAAAUUUACUAACAAAAUAUUUACUUUUUUGUGUUGACAACACGUAGGUAAUAGUUUUUUACUAUUUCUGUACCUAUCGAUGCGUCUAGAAUCCAAACGUCAAGAUCGGUUUCGUUAGUCGUUUGAACGAUGACUGACGAAAAGACAUUUGUUCCCGUUUACCAUAAUGGUAAUAUGAGUAAGUAUACCCAUAUACGUAUAAUAGAAUACCUAACAAUAUGGAAAAAUGUGUUCUCGCUAAAACUGAACGUUUAAGUAAAUGUUUUUUUUUCGUUCUCGUUCAAUCGGCUUAAUUCAUAGGCAUCGGUACCUACAUUAAAAAAAAACUUAAUAGUACCUAAAUAAUAUUAUAUAAUUAAGUUUAAUCUAUUAUUAUUUUGACAAACGACGUUGCUAUACUAUUAUGACUGGUCACUAAUAAUUGUUUAAUAAAUAAUAAUUGGUCUACUCUUUAAACUAAAAAUGUUCUUACCUGCUCCAUACUAUUUGAUAAUUUGUUCAUAUUUAGAAAUCCGUAUUUACUUAAUCUGGUAUAUGAACUCAGUAUCGCCAUUUUGCCCAAUUAAAACAGGAGUCCCCCAAGGUACCUUUCUCCCGAUUUAUACAAUGUUUACACUGCUGAUAUCCCCAAAAACCCAAAUACUAUUAUGGUCAUUUAUGCUGACGACACUGCGAUUCUCUCUCCUGGUAUUGACCGUGUAGAAACUGUUAAUUUUUUACAAACACAUUUAGACCUAAUAGACAAAUGGUCAUCCGUUUAGAAAAUCAAGAUUAACCCUGACAAAUCAAAUUCUGAAAUCAAAACUACCCUUGCAUACAAAAGUAAUCACCUACAAAUCCUUAUUAAGGCCUAUUUGGGCAUAUGCAAUCCAAAUCUGGGGAUACACCAAACCUUCUCAAUUACGUACCUUCCAAUCCAUCACUCUCCGGAUUUUCUCUUCUGCACCUUGGUACGUAUCAAAUUCCACACUUCAAAAUAGAAACAGUAAGUGAAUUAGCUACAAAACAUUAUAAAAAAUUUUACUCUAAAUUACAGUCUCACUGUAACCCUUUAAUCGCUGAACUUGCUUCCAACUCGCUUUCUAACAAUCCCCCAUGUCAUCUAAAGAGAAAAUAGUGUCGUGAACUAUUAAACGAUUGAUGGCUAUCAAACCAUUUAAUUUAAUUUAAGUUAACAAUAAACAAAAAAAAAAGUUAACGCUGGGUUCUAUUACUGGACGGCCUCCCUCCUCAUGUGCUCAGGUUGUAUGUUCAUAUUUGUCUAUUAUGCCUUGUAGCAUAGAUUGUAAAUAUUCUAUAAAUAACCAUAGUAUACUUGAUGUAACCGGGAAUAUUGAAUAUUUAUUAUAUAUAUAUAUAUAUAUCAAAAAAAAAAAAAUUAAUGGUACCUACAUAAUAUAUUAUAGGCAAUAAAACUACUAGGUAAUUAUGUGACAUUAAACAAAUUAAAUUUAGUUUUACUUACAGUAGUGGAUUUAGGGGUUGUCCAAACAUGCGGUACAAAUUUUCGUUUUUGUUGGUACCUAUAGGAAAAUUACCUUUUUUGUUAAAUGUUUAUUAAUUAUCUACACAAUUUGUUCAAAAAUAGUUUUAAUUAAUGAUUAUUAAUUCAGUUCAAUUUCGACUCAAUAAACUGAUAGAAAAUACUUACAAGUAUGUUCAAAUUUAAACAUAUACUUGUAAAGUGAAUACUCAGACAUUUAUAAUUAUAGGUGCCCGCAGGAAAUUUGCUAGGGAGAGGAAUAAUACAAUCAAAUACCAAAAAGUACGUAAUAUAAAAUUAUAUUUGAAAUUUCAAAGUUUCAGUGGCGAGUAGAUUUCUAGUCUUGCUUUGUAAUUUUUCUUCAAACUCCUACUUCCUAAAGAAAUUAAAAUAAAAAGUUAACCUGCAUAGGAUAGAAAAACUACUUUCAGAUGAUGCACUAUUACAGUCAAAGUAUAAAGCAGAUAUCUUACAAUUGAGUAAACACCCCUAAAAAAACCUAAUCUCACUGUUUCUGUUGUCAUUUGUGUUUUAAAUUUAUAUUUAGACCAGUAAAUAUUAAAAAUAGUUACAGUUCCUCUAUUCAAACAUCUACGUGAGAAUCUGCAAUAUUCUUCAUAGCUUUAUUCAUUAUCAGGAUUGAAUUAAUUUUCUUUGUCGUCCAACAAUUCUAGGAACUUUAGUUUCAAUGUCUAGUUUGUUCAACAAACUUACACUUUCUGUAUACACAGUGUUAAUAAUUACAAUUUAUUACAAUGCUCUAAUAAAUUAAAUAUUUUAAUAAUAUACAUUGACAUAUUAUAUAAACUCGACCCAAGGGGAUCUUCCCUUCACCCCCUCUUCAAAUUUGCCACUAUUUUAUAAUAUCUAUUAUAGCUUAUAAAUACCUUCUUAAUAUACAUUAUUAAAUGUUGUACCUAUCUAAUUUUUUAUGUUUUUAAUAGUUAUUUAUAUUUCAUUGUUUCCAGUGACGUAUUGUAGGUAGCUGAUUUUCACCCUCUCCCCUACUUCUGAGAAAUCUUAUAUAAUAUACAUCCUCUAUAACUCAAAAAACAUGCUUUAAAUAUGCUAAUAAUUGCUUCUAUAUGUUUAAUAUGUAACAAUUAAUGAAUAAUGUUUUUAAUUAAAUUAUUAAAAGUCUAUGAAUUACCUAAAUAUUUCAGUAAGUAUUCAAUUAUAUUUGGAAAAAAAUCUAUUUACUGUAUAUUUUAACUAGUUAUUCUAUAGAAUCUAAUAUAGUUGUUACUUAUGAUAUCAAUUUGAGUUCCUUUGAAAGUAUUGGUUUUAAUACAAACUGAAAAAUUAUUUUUAAUAUUGUAUUUACCAUAAAAAUUGUUCAUAAUUUAUUUUUUAUGAGUUAUUGUAAAAUUUACAAUUUCAUAAUGGUGGAUUUUUAAUACAAAUAUAAGUAACUACAUUUUUAUUUAAAUAUUAUAAUGUUACCUAUAUCAAUUAAAUGCACUCUUAAAAACACUAAUUUUAAUAAUAAAGCAAAGAAUUAUGAUUAGUUAUCUAAUAAACUCUGUUUAAAAAUCAUCAUUUAUAUUAGUGAAAAUGACCUUUAAAAUUUUUAUGUGAAUAACAGGUACUUAUUGUAAUAUUAUUCGAUUGUAAAUUAUUUAAAUACUAAAUACUUAGUCUCCUAGUUUUUUAAAUUAUUAUUUCAGUAAGUAAGUAAUACAAUUAUUUUCCUAUAUUUAGGAAAUAAAAAAUACAAAACGAGGGAUAUAGGUGGUUAUGAUGAUCAUCCACAUUACAGUACACAAUUUCCAUACAAAACUAACAACUUCAGAGGUAAAUGGAAUAAUAAUAAUAAAAAUCCUCUGGUUCGUAAUCAAUUAUAUAGUGACUCUUCAUGUAGAAAUGGAUCAUCUAAUAUUUCUAAUCAACGGUAUGUAUUUUGUUAUUAUUAUUAAUCCUUUUUUAAUAUUGAAAAAAUAAUUAAAUAAAACACACCAAAGGAAAUAUAAAUAUAAAUAGAUUUUAUCAAAAUAGUGCUAGGAGUUAUGGCAGUCCUGCUCCUGAUAAAUUAAAAAAUACAUCACAAACAUCUAAAAAAACAGAUGAAUCUUGCAUAUCUGUUCGGCGGUAAUUUAUAAUUAAUAUUAAUACUAUAAUGUAUAUUUAAUAUUUAAAAAAUAAUUAAAUAAAACAUCAAUCAAAAUGUAUAUUUUAAUAGAUUUAAACCCAAAAGAAAUCGGAAUUAUAGCGUUCCUGAUUCUAAUAACUUGAAUGAUGUACCACAAACUUUACAAAAAAGAGCUUAUCAAACUAACAUUUCUAAUCGACGGUAUUUUGUUAUUAUUAUUAAUUUUUAUUUAUUAAUAUUUUAUUAAUAAAUAAAACAUACUUUAUGAAAUAGAAAUUGGGAUUAUGGAGGUCCUGCUCCUGAUAACUUGAAAAAUACAUCACAAACUUUAUCAAAAAGUUUUACAGGAUGGUAUAAUGUACAUGUUAGUUUUUGUCUUCAGUGUAUUAUAAUAUAGGAACAAGUCUAGUUUACAGCUUUUGAUUUAUUUUUUAAGUGCGAUUUUUAAUACCUAGUAAAGAAUGUAUUGAUUUUACAGUGGUGUUAAUUUUUUUUUCGGUGAACAACUUUUACCAGAAAUUUCGCUCCAAUUUUCUAGUGUACCACUUUUUCUGAAAGAAAAUUUGAUUGGGACGGUAUUUUAGUGAGGUCAUUUUUUUCACUUUCCCAGUAGUUUUCAUAAUAAAUGGUAUAAAAUGAGAAAAUGUUUAAAAUCUUAAAUAUUACAGUCUUUCAAAACAUAUAUAAUCGAAUCGAACUCUGCUCAGUAUUGUUUUUCGUUGAUUAAUCUUUACGUACAGAAAUACAACAAAUUUCCCUUCUACCUUCCUAACUUCUUACCUAAAACAGUGGCCACUCAUUAUAUAAAGUAAGUCUGAUAUUUUUUGUUUUUUUUUUUUUUAAUUUUUAAUCUGACAGUUUAACCAAAACUUAUAUUGCAUACUUUUUGAGUAUGUAACAAUAAAUCAUUAAAAACCACAAUUUUGUUCACAUUAUUUGUGUGCCUUGUAGUUCUUGGAGGUUUUUAAUUUGAAUACAAUGGUCUAUUUUUAAUUCUGAAAUCCCUAUUUUACCAAACAAUCAAAAUUAUGUUGUUUGAAAAAUGGUACAAAAGAAGUAUUUUAGUAAAACAAAAUAACUGUAAUGUGAGGUGGGAUAAUUUCAUUUCAUUAUUUUAGUGUUAAUUUAAAAGAUAAUACAAGUUGUCAUGUUUAAAAACCCAAAGCUUUGAAAAAAAAUAUAAGCUAAUUACUUAAGCUGUAAAUUAGAAUUAUAUUGUAAUAUUAUAACUGUAUUAAUUAAGAAUUUAUUUUGAAUAAAACUUUUUUAUCAUUAUUUUUUAAGGUAUUUAAUGUUGAAGAUUGUGCUAUAAUCUUAAGAAGAAUUCAAACCUUUAUUGCACCUGUUAUAUUUCUUCCGUACAAUGUAAGUUUCUAUACUAUUAUCAACAGGUUGAAAACUAAUGAAAAUCUGACUACAGAUUAUUUAUAAUGAAGGAUAAACAAACAUACAUUUUUCGAUAUUUUAAAAUUGUUCACAAUAGCCAUAAAGGGGUGAAAACAAUUUCCACCAAAUUUAGAAAACCUACAAAUCUAAUUAUAUAUUAUUGUAUUGGCAUCGUAUGUAUGAUUACAUACAAAAUUUUAAGUUGAUCAGACCACGAGAAGUGAGUCAAUAAUUUGAUCAUAAAUUUAAAAAAAAAAUGUCUUUGUUAAUAAGUUAAAUAUUAAUAAAACUGAAUUGAAGUACCUAUGGUUUUUUAUAAUAAAUAUUUGACUGUAUGCUUGCUUAACCUAUAAAUAGGCACAUAGCAUAAUUUGCUAACAAUUUUUAUAUUGAACAGUGUUUUACAAAUUUGAGUAACUUGGCAACUUAGUCUUUUAAAAGUCCCAUUCUUUUUUUUUUUUUUUACAAAUUAUUACCAUUCAGCUCUUUAAUAAUUUUGAACAAAUAAUAUAAUUGGUUUUAAUUUUUAUAUUAAGUAGUUUAUGACCUAUGUACCUGACUAUUAUAAAUUUACACUUGGGUAGUUAAGGGAUAACACUUCCAGUUAUACUUAUAAAAUUUCAUAUCUAAUAAAUUGUAUACUAUUAUUUAUAAUACUUAUUAAAAAAAGAACAUAAAAAUAAUCAAUAACCAGUAUAAUUUUACAUUUUAUUCCGAUUUUACAGGAACUGUAUUCAAACUAUAAGUAUCAAUUUCUCGUUGAUGAUUUUACUAUUGCUAAAACAUUGUAUGAAGCUAAUCUUAAAAUAAAACUUACAGAUAUGAGCAAUCAAGAAGUAAGUUAUAAUUAUUUAGUAUAUAUGAACAUUAAUAUAUAUUUCAGACUUUUAUAUGAAUGAUUAGAUAAAUAUUAAGGUGACUCCAUAUAAUCCGUCAAUGAAGGUUAUAUCAUGGACACCUGUGUCCAAUGAAAUAAAAGAAAAAAUGAAGGAAGUAAUGGUAACCCGUUACAAUACUAAUGUCAAGAGUCUAGACUUGUCAAAAUUGUAUGCAUGCCCAUGUAUGUGAAAAUAAAUGUAUUCAAUUGACAAAUUAAAAAAAAAAAAAAUGUUUAUACUUUUUAGUGUUUAUUCAGAAUCAAUUAUUUGUUCCACUGAAUCAACCAGCAGUUCUUUUGGUAGCACUCAACAUUGCUGCUAAAAUUACUAAACAUGACUUGUAUAGUCUAAAUCUUGAGAAUAAUCACAUUUAUUUGGGCGAAGGACUAGUCUGGAUACGUAGACUGUUUCCUAAAUUGAAAACACUAGAAUUAGCUGACAAUAGAGUAAUGUUAAAUUGAUUUAAUUGUCUACAUUAAAAUAUUUACAUUGUUUUUAUUUCAGUUUUCUAAUUUAAGAGAACUCGAGAGUCUCUCAGGUUUCACCAUAGAAGUGCUUGACUUGUCCAGAAAUCCAGCGAAUAUAGCUAUGGACAAAGCGCAAUACACAAAGUAUCCCUUAUGAAACACCUUGUAUAACACUAAUUAACAUAAUUAAUAAUUAUAUUAUUUUGCUAAUCAUUGUUUUAGGAAUCUACAAAAAAUAUUUCCUUCACUUAAGAUAUUGGUAAGUUUUUACUGUUUUCUCUAUCACAUUUGUAAAUUGGAAAAUAAAUCAAAUUUUGUUGUAUUCUUAGCUAAUAUUAGUUAUAUUUUAGGUAAAAUGUUUAAGAUAAAAUACAUUUGAUGUAUAAUUUAAAUCAUAAUCUAAUCAUGUGUCUACAGAACUAAAAAUUAAAAACAUGUACAGCUCCUGUGUUAAUUUGUAUUUUAAACUUAAUUUUAUAUUUUUAUAAUAUUUUAUUUUACUUUUAUAUUUUCGUUUUAACAGCAACAACAUUAUUCAUUUUGUUUAGGAUAAUUUAGAAUUACCAUUUCGCUAUGACUCAAUUUGCAAUACUCGGUUGAAAAUGCCAAUUUAUUUAGGCAAUAGUUACCCAAUACCUAAAAACCAUAAACUUGGACAGUCUAAUCACAUAGAAAUUUUAGUUAAGUCUUUUGUAACAAAUUUCUUCAAGCAGUACGAUAACGAUAUAUCUAAACAUACAGUUGCAGAUAUUUACCAUGAAAAUGCCACUAUUUCGUUAUCCAGUUCUUAUCUAUCUGAUCAUCAGUAUGUACAUCAAUACUCAUUACUUACACCAAAUCCUUAGAAGUAUAUUUAUUUUUCAUUGUAUUUUAGUGGUAAAGAUAGUUUAGAUCAUUACUUACCAUAUAGCCGAAAUUAUUUGCAAUCUGACCAAAACAUUUAUGGGCUUAGUGGUUUAUUACAUACAGGUAAAGAUAAUAUUUUAAACUUUUUAGAAAAAUUACCCAAAACUAAGCAUGAUCUGGGCUCAUUCAUAAUUGAUGUACCAUUGGCAAAUGUGAGUAGAGUUUUUUUUUUUUUUUUUGUUGGUAUUUUAUUUUUUUUAUUUUUUUAAAAAGGCUUCAAUGAUUCAAAUUAUAGUCAAUGGUGUAUUCAUGGAAUUAUCAAAAGACACAGUUAAUGAUAAUUCAUAUUUCCGAUUGUUUAACAGGUCAUUUAUUAUUGUGCCUAAUGAACAUAAAUUCUAUAUAAUGAACGAUAUGUUGUUUAUAUCAGUAAUCACAGAUGAGUUACACAAAGUAAGUAUAAGAUAAUAUAUAUUUAUAAACCUUUAAUAGUAAUAAUGUUAUAACUAGAGACCAAAUUUAUAUUCUCUUAUAAACCACAAAACAGUGCUUAAUAAUGUCAAAAAUCACUUAAAAAAACAUUUUAAAAAAGUCAAAAUGAUGAAGAGUUUUAAAAGUAUCCCAUUUAACAGAUUUAACUUAUUAAAUACAAUUUUAUGUAUUAUAAAAAAAAAUUACUUUUUAUUAUUCAUUUUUGUGGUGUUAGAAAAUUGUAUUUAUAAGUUAAAUCUGUUAGAUGGGAUACUUUUAAACCUCUAUAAUUUUUGUUUUUUAAAUAUUAAGUUUUUCUUUGUGAAUUUUAAAAACAUAUUAAUCCGGUCUCCAAUUAUAACAAAUUAUUUGUGUUUGCAGGAAUCAUCAAAACGUUUUGCAUUCAAACCAGAUAAUGAUUUAUCAUUCAUAAAUAAUGAUUUUUAUGAUAUUGACAAGAAUAAUAGCCAUGAGUCAAUACUUAAGAGAGAUGAACAUGAUGAUAAAAUGCCAGAUUCAGAACCACUGUUGUCAAACAAACAAUCAGAAAAUACAUCUAACCUUUCAUUGACUUCCAUGAUUCUACCGCAGUCAAAUUCCACAUCAUAUCAAGUUGCUUUUCAGGAACAACAAACAGCAGCUGCUCAGACACAUGAUUAUGUAAACAAAUUAAACAUGGUCAAGAAUUUUUCCAAUAAAUCUGGAAUGAACCACAAAUGGUCUCAAAAGUAAGAUAAAAUAUAUAUUAUUAAAUCCAUCUAAAGAUAUGUAAGAGGUUGUUUACAUCUUGAAUUUUCAUUUCUAUAAUUGCAUUUUUUAAAUUUAAAUUUAAAUUAUUUUUAUACAUAGAAUUGACAUUUUCAUUACAGAUGUUUGGAAGAAAAUGACUGGGAUUACAAUAAAGCCAUUUUAAGUUAUUCAACCCUAAAAUCAAGUAUUCCAUCAGUAGCUUUUAUAAAGUAAUCAAUUUUCGAAAUUGGCAAUAUCUGCAUUUUAAACAAAUAUAUAACAUAUUACAUUAUUCUUUAAUACAAAAAAAAAAAAAAAAAAUGUAUCAAUCUGAUACUUAACUGAACUAUUGAAUUGUAUUAUUUAUGAUAAAAUAAUCUGGCUUAAUAAUGAUUAUAGUUAUAUAUUUUCAAAAAAUAUUAUAAUUUUAUUGUACUGUGGUAUUGGAACUUGUAUAUUAUAUUCAAAUAUCAGUUUAAAUAAGCUUCAUCCAUUUUUUCAAAUUUAUUAAUUAAAUCUUCAGGUACAUUUAAAUCAUGGAAGUUUUCUGUUCCUAUUUCAUCUUCCGUUCUGCAAAACAACAAGUAUAAUUUAGAAUACAAUUUUUUUUUAACUAUUAUUAUUUACAUACAAAUUAUACAACAAUGAAA